AUGGGACCAAGAGGUGGACAAGGGCAACGAGGACAAGGCUCUCGACAUGGGCGAGGAAUGCCACGGGGUCGAGAACCAGGACGGGGGAACAAGCAGCGCGGGCAUCCAGGGCGUGGAGUACGUCCCAGUCGACCACGGGCAACCAAAGUGAUGAUUGAACCACAUCGUCAUGCAGGAGUCUUUGUUGCUCGAGGCAAGGAAGACUACCUUGUAACGAAAAAUCUAGUCCCAGGAGAAUCUGUAUAUGGCGAAAAAAGAAUAUCAGUUGAGACGGAAGGAAAAACAAUAGAAUAUCGAGUUUGGAACCCCUUCAGAUCAAAACUUGCAGCGGGUAUUCUAGGAGGACUUGAUGAAAUCUACAUAUGCCCUGGAUCAAAAGUAUUAUAUCUUGGUGCAGCAAGUGGAACUUCAGUAAGCCAUGUAGCAGAUGUUGUAGGCCCAGAAGGAUUGGUUUAUGCAGUUGAAUUUUCACAUCGAAGCGGAAGAGACCUGCUUCAUAUGGCACAAAAACGAACCAACGUUAUCCCCAUUAUUGAGGAUGCCCGGCAUCCUCAAAAAUAUCGAAUGCUUGUUGGUAUGGUUGACACAGGUAGAGUCACAUACGAAUUCUUACAAAAAUUUACAAAAAUAGUAUUUGCAGAUGUUGCCCAGCCAGAUCAAGCUCGAAUUAUUGCAUUAAAUGCACACACCUUCCUAAAAAAUUCAGGCGGAAUCGUCAUAUCCAUCAAGGCUAAUUGUAUUGAUUCAACAGUUGAUGCUGCAACUGUUUUUGCACGUGAAGUUAAAAAACUGCAAGAAGAAAAAAUCAAGCCUCAAGAACAACUUACACUAGAACCAUAUGAGGUAACACAACCAUGUUUUAUAUGCCCAAACAUAACUUAUAUACAUCAAGAGAGAUCACUGUAUAAUUGUAGGAAAAUACAUGAGAUAUAA